AAUAUGUGUCAGGGUCGUGUCAGCCUCAAGGUCACCACUGUUUCUACAGCAACCCGACUCCAUACCUGACAUUUCGUACCCCCGCAUCGGGUCCUACAGUCGUGUGUGAGAAAAAUUGUGUUUUCCGUGCCAAAAUGGAUCUGGUGCCACCUUUUACUGUUCAAGCUGCAUGCAGCGUCCAACCCCUAGAAGACUACGAUGGCCCUCGCGCACCCCUACUCCGCCAAGUUUCCCUGGACGAGGAACGCCGUGACGACUGCCAGGGACACUGGAGGGGGUCUCACCUCUUGGGAGAGGAGGAGGAGAAAGGCAUAAGGCUGUUCCGGGCCUUGCUGCUCCAGCAUCUGAGGCUUGAGGAGUUGAGGCCGCCGCCGUGUAUUGUGGCGAGUGCCAGGCCUGAUCCUAGGGGCUGGUGGAUGUACUGGAGGGACUGGCGAGCACUCGAACGAGCUAUUAAGAGGUUCAGAAACACGAAGGCAAGAGGUCGGCUGGCUGAGAGAGCUGAAGAUAUCCCCCUUCUCUGUCUAGAUGAGGUGGCCUUUGAAGACAUCAUGCAGGAGCUUUGCCAGGCCUGUGCCCACGUGGAGCAGCGAGCGCUGGUGGUACUAGCGUUCCUCUGCGAAGUAUGCGCUCGCGCCGUGAGGAUCGGCGGAUGGUGCCGCGCCACCGACUGGGCUGCGACACAUGUAGCACAGUAUGCCACGCCAUGGGCUAUCAGGCAUGGUGGAUGGAGUAACGUUGUUGAAAAAGCCGGCGGUGUUCGUCGUGAAGAGAGCACUCUUCUAGCCGGUGCAGCAGUGGCAGCGCUUCUAGCAUUCCUUCUCUUCUGCCGCACACGUCUCCGACAUUCCAUCCUCUAAACAUCAGCACACGCACACUUGGAUCUCGCUCACCGCAUUGGCGGUUAGAUUGCCAAUCACAGCAAUCGUAGCGUUCUAUUGGUUAACGGUUACUAAGCGAUUGGGGCGCUUUGUGACCCGUUCCAAUUUCAAAUUUUGAAGGCACGAUUUGUAAUGACAAGGUCUGCAGUCUGGUUGAAAUGGCUUGUCAGUAAAUGAUACGGCUUGUUUUUGGAGCUUUAGAAGGUGUGGUACAGUAAGUACU